AAAAUGAGAAGGGAUGGUGAUUUCAAAUCUUGGGAGUAUUAUUUCUCAGGUGUGCGUGGUUCUUCCUGGUUCUUCCCUCCGGAAACUGCUCAUCUUGUUUUAGCGGGUUUUUUGAAAGUUCCCGGGGCCUGCAUGAGAUUGAUCAGAGAUUCUGCGUCUUAACGGAUUCGCUCUGCUCUCUUUGCAUUAAUCAGCCUUCUCAGCUUGAAUUUUCUUAUUCCAAACAAUGCACUUAAUUGUGACGUCAUUUGCUGCGUCGGUUUUGUCAAUUUCAAUCCCAAUGUAGACGUCCCCCACGCUAGAUGUCUCCUAACCGAAUAUGAAUAUGCAUGUGAUGUGAUAUGUGAAACAAGAUAGAAACGAGGCGAAAGCCAGCGAAAGCUUAUUUGUUUGAAUUUGAAUGCGGCGUGAUUGUUUCACUCAACAAAUUUUGUUUGCGGGUUGUCUCAUCGUAAGGCUGCAUUCAUGAAUUUAGUCAGUCAAGGUUAGCCAUGGGCUGGUUUCUAUGGAGGAAACCGAACCCAGGAUUCACCGGGGUUCAGGAAAUUCCUCUCCUGUCAGAUGUGGUAUUUGUUGGCCGGGGAAAGGAUUGUACAGUUCACUGCUUAAGUUUGUAUGUAUCAAGACGUCAUCUCAAGUUGAUUCCCAAAGAUGACGGGUCCAUUUCAUUGCAGGAUCUUGGAUCAUCAAAUGGUACUUUUGUCAACCAAAUGAAAAUCCCACCAAAUGCAGAAUUUUCUCUUAGAUUAGGAGAUGAAAUUGGAAUAGGAAAUUUUAAUAAUGAUAAUCAGGACUGCUUUGUAUACGAAGUUCGUAACAUUGAGUUAUCAAGACUCAAGGUUGAUUCAUCAGCUAACGAAGACAAACAACCCAUUGACAUCAAUCAAAACCCUCAGCACCAAUUAGAGAGGGGCUUAAAGCGAUGUGCUGAUGAGCCUGAAAUUGUUGUCUUGGAUGAUGAUGACGAUGAUGCAAAUGGUCUCAAUUCGAAUGGUGUGGAAUCAUUUUCCAACUCGCUGAAGAGACAAAAAAUUGAUGAAACUGCUCAUUCAACUAUUCAUCAAUCUUCAACUGCUCAAUCCAAGGAAACAGAAAAAUCAACAUGCUGCCCAAUAAUUCAAGAAGACUCAAAAGUUGCAGCAUGUAAAGAUCUGUCAAAUUUUGCUUUGACUGCCAAUGCAGCUCUUGGUGUGGAACAUGUGUCAAGUUCUUGUGAUGUACCAGAGGUUUCUAGACAGGUCCUUACUAAUGCAAAAGCAACACACACAAAGCAGGAGCUUUCAUCAAAUAUUAAUACUAGUGAUCCAAAAUGUGACGAAGUAUUCCCGCAGCCUUCUGGCCGGACAAUAAUGAACAUAAAACCUGAGAUUAGUUUUCAGAAACCUGCAAAUCCACGUGUUUCUGCCAUUUUAGAAGGAAGCUGUGAUUCAUCAACCGCAACUUUAAGAUUGUCAUCGCCUGCAAUUGAUGUGAAAAGUAAUUUGCCAGUUUUUAGCUCAACUCCACUUCACAAUAAACAUGUCAAACUGGAAGAUAUGUCUGGAUUGACUCCUCGUGAAAUUAAGACUGAUGAAGAUACACCUUCAAUAUCUCAAACUGGUGCUGAUUUCUCACCAAUUGUUAAGGACAAGGUUAAGGAUUCCUCAAGGCUAAGUCAGAACUCAUCUGCAAACUAUACCAUAGAUGAAGAAUUGAUUCCUAUUGAUUUAUGUGAUGAUGAAGAUGAUGAUGAGAUUUUCCCUUGCUCUCAGAUGUUUACGGAGGAGGAGGAAGUGAAGCCUUGCCUUGAGACUUUAGAUAAAGAGAUGGGAGUUGUAGAUCUUUCCUUGGAUGAAGAACCACAGAAUAAUAUAUUAGAGAGGGAUGAUGAUGUAGUACUGAUUUCAGAAGAUGAAGAUGAGGAAGAGAUUCAGGAAGCUAAUAAGUGGUUCAAUAGAUUGUCUCAGUCAUUUAUAAAGGUUGAGGCAGAGGACGAGGUUUCCAACGCUGUCCUUCCGACGGAACAACAAGAUGAUGAUAUCUGGGAAGAUUGGCCGAAAGAGUUAGAAAACAAUGAUCAAGACGUGGCAGAGGCAGAACCUAGUGGAGAUCUUGAACAUGAUCAGGGUAAGGCUGAACCUAUUGUAGUUCUCAAGCAAUUGGACUCAGACAUGUUGAACAAAAUGGAGGAGGAUCAAUUGAAAAUAAAUCAUGUGGAAGAAGACAAGGAUAAUGUUAAAUUGGAAAAGAACACUUAUAAGAAAGAGAGUAAGGACAAAUCCAAAGCUAAGGAUGCUGAUUCUCACCGUGGUAGGACUGAAAAGAAGAAAAAGCAUAGGAGCAAAGAAGAAAGGCACAGUAAGAAGCAUUCUAGCCGACAUAGGAAGCAUGAUGUGGAUAAGAAAGAAUCUCGAAGCAGAGAUAAAAUUGUUGAGAGAUUAAAAGAAACGUUUGGUGGCAGUAGUUCAGAAGAUGAAGACAAAGCUGCAACUAAGUCUUCCAGUAAAACACAAUCUGACAUCAAUUUUGAUGCACUUUUAAACAAGUCGAAUGAUAAACUAGAUCUGUCAGGGGAAAGUAAGCAGCUUCAAAUUAAUCUGAAUAGGUUGGAAGAGAACCCUCAGCUGUGUGAGCGUUAUGGCCUGUCGUCAUUGUCACCAAGCACAGCUCAACAACCUCCUGCUCCAGUUCCAAAAAAAGCUCCCAGGAAAAUAGAGAUUGUUGAUGCUCUUCCAAACCCUCCUCGCAAAGCAAGCAACCGAGGAAUUAGUAUGGAAACAUCUCGAAAAAUGUAUGACACUGUCAGGCAAAGGAGUGUAGAUGAGCCCAAACGUCCUAAGUCAAAAGAAGACACCAAAGCUCUUCGGAAGGAGAAGCUUGCCAAGGUUGCCGCACACAGUGGUUUGAAAGACUCAAGAAGUGCAGAGCAUAAGCGAUCAGCCCCUGCAAAGGCUAAAGUUACAAUGGCUAAUCGAGGUUCAUUCCUUACAGAAACUGACGAAUCCUCUCCCAUAGUUAAACCUAAAAGCCGAAAAGAGAUUUUGGAAAGUAUUAAGAUACCGAAGCUGAAAGAUAAGGCUGUUGUUAACCUUUCUACCAAGUCACCCUUGCAGGCAUUAAAUUUGUCAUAUGAAAAGAAAGAACUACCACAGACUUCAGUGCAGUCAAAUGCAGAAGCCGCUCCUGUAGAAAUUCCAACAGGACCUCAGCCAAAAAAACGAGUUGCUCAGAAACCUCCUCCUGGAUUUUAUGAGGAUACAAGACAACUACAUCCAUCAUCUCAUGGUGAAGGGCAGAAAUCAUUACCAGUUCCUGCUGAACAUUCACUGUCAAUGAAGUCCUGUCUGUCUGGCUCUUCCAAGCAUAAUAUCACAAUGAAUGACUCCAAGCCCAUUGCCCAGAAAAAGAAGAGAGUUCAGUUCAAAGAAAACCUUGAGGAAAUUCGUUAUAUUGAUAAAUUACCUAAUACAAGGAAAGUAAACUCCAGUAGAGAUGCUGAUAGGCCUACACCCAUGAGUCAUAUCGUUGCCCCCAAACUACCAAAGGGACCUGCUAUUCCUAAUGAUGAGUCAAUUCUUCAAGAUAUUAUUUAUGAUAUCUCUAAGUGGAACCCUCUUUGGUUAAAGGAAGAGAAAGAUCUGCCGCCUGACGUAGUGCCUCCAGUGGUAUCAAAUAUGGUAAUGCCACCCUUACCUAAAACAGAGUUCUUAGAUUUUCAUGAAUAUCAUGAAACUAUGUACCCUCUUCUGAUGUUGGAAUUAUGGAGUGGUGUUUCCAGGGAAUAUAAUACUCGUAUGAAUAAUUCAAGGAAUAAUUUAAUCAUGGCUGUGGAUAAGGCCUCCUCAGCCCCAGUUUUCUCAAGACCUGAAAGAAUGUUGACAACAUUAAGCUGUCAUAUGCUGGUGAAUGACAGACCAGGGCCAGAGCCGCCAAGACUGGGGAAUUUAGUUAUUAUUGAUCUCGCUUUAAAAGAUCCUUGUAACAAGCUUGUAAUAAUUCCUGUGUUUGGAUAUGUCUCCUUUGACGCCAAGGAUCGUCUCAGGAACACGGAUCAAUUUCACAAAGAUCUAGUAUCUCAUUGUCCUAACCCUACAUUCAAGAUACGUUUCAAUUUGCAAAUUAAAGAAAGAAAAAACUUUACUUUUGAAUUGGAAAGACCUAUGAGAAUAAAACAUGUUAAGUAUCUCCGUGGAGAUCUCCGAAUGUUUCAAGCCAUGAAAAACCUUGAAUAUAUGCCUUUGCAGUAUAGUGUAAUUUCACCUCUAGCUGCAAGUGAAGACUUUACUCUGCCUGAUGUUUCCCAGAAAAAAUUAGCAUUUAUUGAACAACUAAAUCCAAUGCAAACGCAAAUAGUUCUUCAAACUGCAGAAGUUUGCCUGCAAGAUAAGCCCAAAAUAUGUCUUAUUCAAGGUCCACCUGGAACGGGCAAAACACAAGUUAUUGAGAGCCUUGUAAUGCAUUUGCUCUACAGAGACAGCAUGUAUACUCGUGCAAACCGAGAGCGGCGUUUGGUGCCUAGAAUUCUACUAUGUGCACCCUCUAACAAUGCAGUUGAUCUUUUAGUUGCUCGUCUACUUAGACGCAGAGCACGAUUCGAAAAAGAGCAUCGUUUCAAAAUGGUUCGUGUUGGCCAGACUCUUCAUGAAGAUGUGAGAGGAGUUUCACUGCAAGAACUUGCGAAUGUUGCGAUGAAACAAGACAGGGCACUUCAUGAUUCACAAGGAGUUGAUAUAGACAUAGGCCAUUUAACAGCUAAAUUGUGUGCAGUAGAAAAUCAAAUCAGAGAUUUACAGAUGAAUUCCAAGCCCGUUCCUGGAGAAAUAACGUUUCGCCAGGCUGAUUUAAUUCGUAGACUCAGAGUUCUAGAAGAAAGGAAGAAGCAGCAACAGCAAGCUUCCAACUCUUCACCAAAGUAUGACUUUGCAUUUGAGCGAGAAACCAAAAAAAAAAUUUUGAGAGGUGCUGAUAUAAUUGGUACUACAUUAAAUUCUUGUGUAAUAAAACUCAUGGAAACUGUUUUUCCACCCACUAGUGCUGGAAAAUAUCAUUUUCAAGUUUGUAUUGUAGAUGAAGCUACCCAAUGCCUUGAGGUAGAAACUUUGAUUCCCCUUCUUCUGGGAGUAAAAACACUAGUUCUUGUUGGAGAUCCUAAUCAAUUACCUGCAACAAUACUGUCCAAGAUUGCUCGUGACAAAGGAUUGAGUACAUCAUUGUUUGCAAGGCUCCAAAAUGUUGUUCCAAAGGCUGUUCAAAUGCUGGACAUGCAAUACAGGAUGCAUCCGGAAAUAUUAAAAUGGCCUAACAAAUAUUUUUAUCAUCGCCGACUGAAAAGUCCAGAAGAAAUUGUGAGUUGUCGAGAUUCAAGAGUUCUUCCUUACUCUGUUCUGAGCCUCCCCUUCCAUCAGGAUUCAAGAGGUGAAUCAAAUUCUGAAGAGGCAAAAUUAGUACUGCAGCUUUCUGAACUAUUAAUUGAUGAAAAGGCCAUACAGCAUGAUUUUAGAGUGGGUAUUGUCACCCCAUACCAGACUCAACGUCGACUCAUCGAGUCAAUGAUAAUGGGAAGAUUACCGAAACUCAAUAAACCAUUGGUAGAAGUCAAUACUAUUGAUAGUUGCCAAGGGCAAGAAAAAGACAUUAUUAUAAUAUCUUGUGUGAGGACAAAUGGAGUUGGAUUCCUGUCAGACAGACAAAGAAUAAAUGUUGCCUUGACCAGAGCCAAAUAUGCCAUGUUUAUAUGUGGAAACUUUUCUUCGUUAGAUAGGGAUUCAAUGUGGAAUAAUCUUCUCACAGAUGCAAGACACAGAAAAUGUUUAAUAGAAGUGCGUAACAAUUACAACAAAGGGGAUCUGUGGAAUCUCAUUUCAAAAAAGUAACUGAAGCAUGUACUGCUGGUUCUUGGAUGGAACAGACCUUGAACUGUAUAUAUAUGGUUGAUUAUUAUUGUUGAAUUUUGAUGCUCAUAAAUUUAUCAUCUUGUAAUGUAAUACUAGCAACUAACAUUGACUCUCAUUGUUUUGUAUUACUCGGUUGAUUUUGCAGUAAGGUCAUUGUUGUUCACUGACUCAAAUUUGUGGAGGGGGUUUAGCAUCUUAAAUUAAUUUAUUCCAUGCCAUUUUUAUGAGUCAUGAUCAUUUUCUUCAUUGAUGAAGGAAGCAAUUUCAUUUGCUUGUGGCAUUAAGAACAAUUUCAUUCAUGGCUAAGCUCACAAUUUUCAAUGACGCUUUUCUUUUUCUCUUAACUUUUUCAAAGGGUUCGUCUUUGAAGCAGUGCUAUUUAUCUACCCCUUUUGUUACGACUUUUUAAUCAUGAGCUUGCUCAAUACAAUUUGACGUAAAGUAGAUAGUUCUCUAUAUUAUCAACUACAAUUUGCUCUUUUUCAUUAAAAGCAUAUCAUGUUGUAGAAACCUCAGCUAAAUCCAUCUCAAGUUUAUUUAGAGAGAAUGUUGUAUUACUUUGCACAGUGUUUCUGUAUGUUGAUGUUGAAUGGUUUAGUGUAAAUAUUUGCUAUGUACUAGUCUGAAAAACUUGUAUUUUUAUACUGGAAUCAAUCUGAAUUUUGUAUUUAUUUCCUUUGUGUAAUAGAAUGUUGUAAAUAUC